AUGGAGGGAUCCAAUAAUGUUGGCGACCCUCUGCCCUACGCGGCCAUCAGUCGGCUCAACGCUCGUUCAAUAGCACCUGCUCGGAGGGGCGGCAACCGGGCCCUCUCCACAUGGGUUUUUGAAAAUUAUUUCCAGCCUCAGGAACCGUGGCGAAAGAAGUCGCAAUCGUUUUCGCCUCUGACUGCUUUCGUGACGCGCGAAAUAUGUUCGGACGAGCAGACUUUGGCAUCGGCUCAUUUGGUCACGGCGAAGGCCCUCGCAUACUUCAAUGCCGCGACUCCGUUUCUCGGCUCCGUCCAUAGCCCUCUCCGGCGCGCCUACGCAUCCUUCCAGCACGGGUGCCCCGACAAAAGUGUCGGCGAGGCCGUCGCUGCGGUGUGGCUGGAGCAGCCACGGCUGCGGCGCUGGUUGGUGGAAGGAUACCGUUCCCCCGCCGGCUUAUGCAACGACUGGCUAUCAGCGUCCUCACACCGUCUUUCCCUGUCCCCUGAAACCUCCACUACAACGGACUUUUGUGCUACAGAGGGGAUAUUGUUCGUGGGCGUGAUCGACGGCCUGGGGUAA